UGGGUUGGCCCACUACUGUUCCAGAGAUCGUGAUGAAGGGACCUACAGUUUUAAUCCUACUACUAGCCCAUCUGCUACUUGUCGAAGGUGCAAAAACGGAGAAGCUAAUUGUCAUUUUGACCAGUGUCGAAGUUUCCGCCCCCACGAGAUACUUAAAUGCAAACGUAACGCUAAAGCGUUACAAUGUCGCACCGUACGCAUCGUUCAACAUGUCGAUUACCUCGACGGAGAAGUUCAACACACUUACGCUACAGUCCAGCUACUACGUCCGGUCGGGCAUGAUCGACAAUCUGCUGUACGAUAGCAAGAUCGAUCUGUGCAACUUUUUCGUGCGUCCGAACGAACGGUUGGUGAAGAUGGUUUUCGACAAUCUGAAGCGUCACGGCGAGAUGCCCAAGAACUGCCCGGUGGAGCCUACACGGCUCAGCUACAUCAACAUCACACUGAACCACAUCCAUCUGCCCGUCUAUCUGCCCGAAUCUAACUUCAAGCUGGUGGUUAAAUGUUGGCUAGGAGCGGACAAGACGCUGAUAUUCGAUAGCCGAUGGUAUGGUCGUUUGAAGAAGGUGCGCAUUAAUCAAUAAAUCCAACAAGCGAUCAUUCUAGUGAGUAGUCGUG